AUGGCGACCGUGGGCGAAGGGCGCGGCGCCCCCGCGGCCGUCGUCGAGGCAGGGGGCCCGAGCCUCGUCCACUUGGCUCGCCGCGAUGGACGUGGACGCAAGGACGAGGUGGAAGGACACCCUCUGGAGGCGAGCGAGGCCGAGCGGGACUUGGGUGAGCUGCUGCGGGGCCGGGCGGGCGGCUCUGAGGGCGGCCGGAGCAGUGUGAGUGGCUUGGGCGACGCAGGAAGGGAAGGAAAAGCCCCUGGCGCAUCGCUUACGGAACUCUAUUUUUAUACGUUUGAUGAAGAAAAGAAAAAGAUUCAUAUCACUCUCGUGACGCUUCCACACCGACCGCCCCCUGGCGACCGAGCGACGCACUCGAAGCAAAGCGCAAGGCUCGUCCCCGAGGGCAGCCCCGGCGGACGCUCCGCCGACAUGGACUCCCUGGCGGCGCCCUACACGGAGAUCGACACCACGCCCUUCCGCUCCCUCGACGAGCGCUUCAACUUCAGCUUCAGCUCGAGGUUGUUCCCGCAGGGCGUCAUCCCGCGCUACGAGGCGCCCCUCGAUGCUGGGGCGCCCAGCCGCGCCCUCGAUGACUCGCUCCCACCCGACGCCGCCCACCACGAGGCCGCCCGGGCCUGCAACUUCACCCUCGAGGCCGACCCUUUCGCCUCCGGCGCCGGCCUCGACCCCUCCUACGCCCUCGGGAGAUGUGACGGCCCGUGGGACUUCGUCAACGCCUCCCUGUGGAGCGCCAACGCGUCCCCCCCCUCGGCCCCCCCCUCGUCCCCGGCGUGGAACCAGACGCAGCUGCCGCCCGCCCUCAACCUGAGCGACGUGUGGGACGGGGGGCCCCUCGAGGGGGGCACGCUGGGGUCCGACUGGGCGGGCGAGGGGGUCCAGGGGGAGUGGGGGCCCGGGCUCCUCGCGGUCACGGGCCUGGCGCUCUACACCCUCGCCCUCUGCACCGCCGUCGGCAACGCCCUCGUCAUCCACGCCAUCCGCACGGAGAGGCGCCUCCAGACGGUCUCCAACUUGUUCAUCAUGAGCCUGGCCGCCGCGGACCUCACCGUGGGCGUGAUCGUCAUGCCCAUCAGCGCCGCCUACGCGAUGAUGGGCGACUGGCGUCUCGGUCUGGCGGUGUGUCAGUUCUGGCUGUCGGCGGACUACACGGCGUCCACGGCGUCCAUCUUCAACCUGGUGAUCCUGUCGCUGGACCGCUACUGGUCGAUCACGGCGCCCUUGCGGUAUCUGCGGCGGCGGACGCGGCGCCGCGCCCUCGUCAUGAUCGGGGCGUCGUGGGCGGCGGCGAUGGCUUGGCUGCUGCCGGUGCUGGCGUGGCACCACCUGACGACGGCGGCGAGCGCCUCCACGCCGCACGUGUGCGAGACGGAGUUCUCCAACAGCGCCGCCUUCAAGGCCGUCACGGCGGCGCUCAACUUCUACCUGCCGACGGCGCUCAUGCUGUACCUCUACUGCCGCAUCUUCAAGGAGAUCAAGACGCGGCAGGCGCUCGGCCGCGUCAACUUCUCCAACCACGACCUGCCGACGGACUCCUGCAGCGAGGCGGAGAAGGGGCCGCGCCCGCGCUCGCGCAGCGCAGGCCGCUCGCCGCGCGCGCACGCCUCGUCCUCGUCGCCCCGGCGCUCCGGCGACCGCGCGGCCGCCGCCGCCGCCUCCGCGUCCGCGCCGGCCGCCGAGGGCCCGCGCAGCCACUUCCAGAGCCUGACGGUGGUGUCGCCGGGCCGCCACGACUGCUCCCACUUCUCCGGCGUCACCCUACAGCGGCCGCCACCUCGCGCUGCAGCAGCAGCAGGAGGCGGCGGAGGAGGAGGAGGACGCGUACCAGUACCAGCGGCGGCAGGGCGGCGGGGCGCGCCUGGGCCCGCACCACAACCACAUCCACUGCUACCAGAGCUCCUCGCGGCCGCACCCGUCGUGGCACCCUUCGCCGCCCGCCGCCGGCACCUGGGGCGGCGCGGGCGGCCGCGGCAACAACGCGCGCCAUCCGUUCGACGCCGCCCACGCCCCUGGCAGCGCCCGCAACGCCACCGCCGCCAGCAACGGCACGCGGAAGCGCGCGACGGUGAAGGGGCGCGGCGGCGGCGCCGGCGGCCGCGGCGGGCGCCGCGCGGAGACGGUCAACCUGGCGAAGGAGGGAAGGCGGCGCGGCAGCUGGGCGUGAUCGUGGGCUGCUUCAUGAUGUGCUGGGUGCCGUACUUCACGCUGUUCCCCAUCAUGGCGCUGUGCGAGACGUGCGUGCCUGCGCACGCGCACACGGCCACCAUCUGGCUGGGCUACCUCAACUCGGCGCUCAACCCGGUCCUGUACCCGCUGUGCAACCACAACUUCCGGCGCGCCUUCGCCCGCAUGCUGCGCCUCCCGAGCCGCCCGCGCAACAACCACUGCCCACAGCGCGUCGCCACCAUCACCAUCAGGCACUGACGCCGCCCCCGGCACGCGCCCGCGCCCUCCAGCGCAAGGCCGCCGGGUUUUAUCUGAACAAAACCGGUCCUGAACUCA